AUGAUCCGCAGGCCAUCAUUUUGUGACACUGAAGUUAAACAAUCACACGAGGCGAAUGCUCUGAAGUCGGUAUAUCCUUUGAAAAAUCUGAAACAAAAUGAUCAAGCCGAAGAACCGGUACACGGAACUGAUCCGAAGAACUUAGUUGAUCCUGAAGAUGGUAACAGAAUCUUUGCAAUGCAUGUUGGUCCAGAUGAAGUGAGUUACCGAGAAAUGCAACAUUUACAAUAUCAGGGAACAAAAUAA